AUGACGAUAAUCUUCUACGACAUUCCAUCCUCUCUCGAGGGCAAUGCAUGGUCUCCUAAUACCUUCAAGACCAGGUAUACGCUCAACUUCAAGGGGAUCCCAUACGUCACCGAAUGGGUUGAAUAUCCCGACAUCGAACCCUUAUGCAAGAAGCUGGGCAUCAAAGCCACAUCCAAAAAUCCCGACGGAACGGACCACUAUACUCUUCCCGCCAUUCACGAUCCUUCCACUGGAGUGUACAUCGCAGACUCUGUCUUGAUUGCGGAAUACCUCGACAAGACUUACCCCGACACGCCUCCUGUUUUCCCCCACAACACCCUUGGACUGCAGCAUGCAUUUGCUGCGGCGUUCAGUUCCUCUUUGAGCCCUCUCUGGGAGUUCAUCCUUCCCGAUACGUGUCUCGUUCUCAACCCCCCAAGCAAGGAAUAUUUCCGUCGCACGAGGGAAAUCGCAUUUGGCAAAACAUUGGUUGAGCUUCGACCGAAAGGAGAGUAUGCCGAGAAGCGAUGGGCAGAAUUUAAAGCAGGUCUGGGGAAAGUAGACGAGUGGUAUUCCAAAGUUGACGGACCUUUCCUGCUGGGAAGCGAAGUGUCUUGGGCUGAUAUCAUUGUUGCCUCCUAUUUGGUUUGGUUGAAGAUCGUGUGGAAGGUAGAUGGUGAGCGCUGGAAGGACGUCGCAGAGUGGCAUGGUGGUAGAUGGUCACGCAUUAUCGACAGUUUGGAUGCAUAUACUGCGAUUCAUUAA